GCUCUGCCGCCCAGGAGGUGCCUGCGAGGGAAGACCGGCCAUGUCUGAUCCAGCUCAGCAACCUGCCCCUGCGGCAGGAGAAGGUGGCGAAGGGGCAGGAGGCGCCCCAGGGCAGCCUCCAAACUUGACCAGCAAUCGCCGUCUGCAACAGACCCAAGCCCAAGUAGAAGAAGUGGUGGAUAUCAUGCGUGUGAAUGUGGACAAAGUCUUGGAGCGAGAUCAGAAGCUAUCGGAACUCGACGAGCGAGCGGAUGCCCUCCAAGCUGGGGCCCAAGUCUUUGAAAGUAGCGCAGCAGCUCUCAAGAGGAAGUACUGGUGGAAGAACUGUAAGAUGAUGAUCAUGCUGGGAGUGAUCUGUGCUAUUGUGGUGAUUGCAAUUGCACUUUACUUUUUUACCUGAUAACGUGGUUCCCCCUUCCCUCCCAUCUGCAGCCUCCUCCCCUAGCCCCCUUUCCCCUUCCUCUUCCUUUCUCCCCGUCAUUCCGGCUUU